AGAGAAGUCACACCCUUUUCAACUAAAUUAAAUCAGGUGUUGUCUUUGUACCGAUGUAUCUAACCCGUGUAGAUCUGAAUUUUACUUACGGGUGUUGGAAACCUUUCUCCCCCCUUAAGCUUGGGGUGAUGCUGGGUUUAACAUGUCUAAGAUAUAUGCAUAGCAAUUUUUUUAAUACAGUACCUAGAGAUUGUAAAAUAUUGUAAUAAUAUAGUCAGUCAUGUUUUCCCAGUUUUGUUUGGUUCCCUCUUAAGCGAGUAAGUGCCCCUCCCCACCCAUGCUGGGGCUUUAGGAAUGAAAGGUCUCUUAUUAGAUAGAUUGUAGUAUCUGGUAUAAACAGUUAGGAUACCUAUAUCCAGGGUUGACAUUUCAGAGAUCUGUUUCUUCUGGUUACUUUGUAAAUAAAUGGUCUGAGUUAAAUGUACAUAAAAUAUUAAAAUGUAGCCAUCUAUAAAAUGUUUAAGUAUAGAAUACAAGAAGUUGCAGAAUUAGUGAUUGUGAACUGUUCUUGAAUGAAGUAUAGCGCUGGCCCUGACAAGCUGAAAGGUGGGGCAUGAGCCCGUGUUAUCAACAACUGACCAACAUGGCGUCUUGCACUGCAGCUAAAAGACGAGCAUCUCGGAAAAAAACGGCAGUUAAUGUCGUGCAAACAGCCCCAAUAUGUAAACUUCCAGCCAAUAUUAUGUUGCAUGUUUUUAAAUUUCUUGAUAUAAAAACUCUGUGUUCGUCAUCCACUGUUUGUCGCUUGUGGUAUCACCUUGUUUGUGAUCGAACCUUGUGGAAAAUAGUCGAUCUUCGUUCAUGGCCGCUUUCCCUAAGGACUUUGUGGAAAAUCGUCAGGAAUCGAUUGUCAGAUUCAGUUGUGGAGCUUCUAAUAAAAGGAUUUAUCGGAACAACGAAAAAGAAUGAAAACAUUUCGCCCUCUUUGCUUGAAGAGAUCAAGACAAAAUGUUCCAGUCUCGACACUCUUGGUUUAUGCUAUUGUGAUAUGAGAAACGUUCCUGCUCAGUGUUUACCAAGGAACCUAAAGAGUCUUCUCCUGGACCAUUCCAUCGUACCUCUUGGCUGGUUUGAAGGAUUAAAAUGUGAGCAGUUUUUUCCUAAUCUCUUGGAACUUAAUUUAACAUAUUGCACUCGAGUUGAGAACUCUGAUCUACAAAGUAUAAAGAAGUUGAAAACAUUAGAACGUUUGAAUCUCAGUUACUGCUAUCGUGUUGGAGAUGAAGGUAUACAGCACAUUGCUAGAAAUCUAACCAACCUGAUAGAGCUUAAUCUGUCGAAUUGUCCCAAAGUGACAGAUUUAGGACUACACCACAUUGGGCAUCAUUUGACAAUACUAAAGAACUUAAAUUUGUUGUCUGAUUGGAGGAUCACAGAUGCGGGAAUUCUUUCCCUUGUGCACAGUCUAGUAAAUUUGGAAUAUUUGAACCUAUCAUCGUGUAAGGAAAUAACAAGUGUUAGUCUUUUUGAAAUUACUGAAAAAUGUAAAAAGCUGAAGGUUUUGGAUUUGACAGGUUGUUGUGCUAUUUCAGAAAAGGAUUUGAAGGAUGCACGAAUCAUUUUAUCAAACUGUGUCAUACAGUGGACUUGACAGGUUUGUGUGAAUUAUUCCUGAAAAUAUAACUGCAAGGUGUUCUUCCACUGUUGUCGUGUUCACAGGAUGGAAAGCUUGUACAUUUAAAUUAUAUCAAGCAAAUACAUGUACGUAAGUAGAGAAUAACAUCAGCAUAAAUUAAUCACUACAAAGAGCAGGGAAGCUUCAUUUGUGCCUGAUCAACAACAAAAAAACUGAUAAAUUGGUGCAGAUUUUAGCUGAGAAAUACAUAUUUACCCAAUGACAAGUCAUGCAAAAUUUUGCUGUAGUGGUAAUUUGCACGCAAUUUACCUUCUGAGACAUUCAAUAAAUCAUAGGAACUAACUCUG